AUGGCUGCGUCUGGUAAAUUUCCUGUGACUGUCACAUCAGACGGGCUUUACAACGCACACCACAAAAGAAGUCUAAGACACAGUCUCCUUACCUCACUGGCUAUUCACAACAACAAGCAUGGCGCUUUCAACCUCUUCACCUGGGAUCCUCAUACAGGCAUGGAAUUUGGUCUGCCUGGUCCUUUUCCUCCGCCCCCAACUGCGGGGACCUCUCCAGCCCCUCUUCUCGGGCUGCUACCAGCACUGCUACUCCUGACUUUGGUGCACAUCACUUAUUUUGAAAUGGACCUUCAAGUCGGAGAGACUUUCAAAGUUCCUGCUAGCUUACCCUCUGUGUCUGUUGAUGGCUGUGAUCCUUCAGGUGGAGAUAUUUUUCUUGGAAGAUUCAACGUUCAUCGUACUGAGGCAAGCGAACGAGCACGCCUUCAUAUUGGAAAAGGUGGAAGCAUAAUAAUUGAAGAAAAGAAUGAAUUAGAAGUCUGGAUUUCGAUGUUCAGCGAUCAUAGUGUCUUUGUACAGAGUUAUUUCUUGGAUUAUCAAGCAGGUCGAGCACUUGGUGAUGCUGUUCAUAAAAUCUAUCCUAAAGCAUUCAUUAAAUGUUUUGAUUUGAGACAUUGUUAUGAAGAGAUGCAGAAACAAGCUCAUGAAGCUUGUGUAGCUGUUGCUAAACAAACUGCAGCUGUACGAGGUAAACCACAUGUUUAACUACUUUUAAUAUGUUUUUAUGUAUUUAUUAUAGGGGCACUCUCUGUCCAGAACACUCAAAUUGAUCCUGGACUAACUCGUGGACUUGGUGUUGAUGAUUUAAGACGACUUUGUAUUCUACGUUUAAGUUUUGUGAAAGGUUGGGGACCUGAUUAUCGUAGACAAAGUAUAAAAGAGACUCCUUGUUGGGUUGAAAUCCAUCUUCAUCGUGCGCUUCAACUAUUAGAUUCUGUCCUGCUCAACUUCCUCGGAAUCUCAAAUUCAAGAAUCAAUCAGCAGCAGGACAAACCUCGCGUUUUGGUAACUGGAGGUGUUGGAUUUAUUGGUAGAAAUUUUGUCCAGUUUUUAGUGGAGAACCAACUAGCUUCUAAGAUAAGAUUUCAACAAGCAUCUAAAACAAAUGUCAAACUUAUUGAUGUUUCUACAGCUCAAGUUUAUAACUCAGAUAAGGGUAUCAGUUCUGAGAAAAGUAAAGUCGAUCCAUGGACAUUGAUAGCUAAACAUAAACUUGAAGCAGAAAAAUACUUAGCUACUGUUCCUGGAUUAAAUUAUGUUAUUGUACGACCUGCUAUAACAUAUGGUAUUGGAGAUAAAUAUGGGAUUUCUCCAAGAUUAAUUAUCGGUGCUGUAUAUCGUCAAUUGGGUGAGAAAAUGCAGUUGCUAUGGACUAAAGAUUUACAUAUGAAUACUGUCCAUGUACGUGAUUUAUGCCGUGCUAUGUGGCAUUUAAGAUGUGAAGGUCCUAAUAGUGAAGUUUAUAAUAUUGUUGAUAAAGGACACACCACUCAAGGGAUUAUUUCAGAGUUGGUGUCCAAAUUAUUUGGUAUUUCCCCCGGCUAUUAUGGUGCUGUCCUGUCAAAUUUGGCUCGCUUACAUAUGACAGAAGCUGUUGAGGAAUCAAAUGAGAAACAUUUAAGUCCGUGGUCUGAUGCAUGCAAUGAAAGUGGAGUUGUUAAUACACCAUUAACUCCUUAUAUAGACAAGGAGCUCUUAUAUAACAAACAUCUUCAUAUUGAUGGUAGUAAACUGGAAGCUACUGGAUUUGUAUAUGAUGUACCACAAAUGACCUUAGAGCUAUUAAGAGAGAUUGUAGAUGAUUAUGUAACAUCGGGAUUGUUUCCUGCUUCCCUUGUUCCUCCAGCUGGAAACGAGUGA